AAAAAAACCUUUGUGUUAUUGUAGCUCGAUUUUGAUAUCUUAUAACAACACUGUUUUUCGACAACAAGCGACAUGUGUGCCGCAUUUAAACUCCUUCCCAAAAUGCUUGGUGGCCGCCGGCUAUCUGAGAGUUUGCUUCUUUUAAUACCCGGCGUACACCGACGUUUGGAGACAAGUUUUCCCUUUUACUAACCCUCGCUUUAAUGUUACCGGGAUGCCCCGGUGAAAAUAUCUAGUCUAUCAGCUGCUCGGUUAGCUUUUAGCACCGUGACUUCUGUAUUUGUCAUAAUCUGUGACAUAUUUACCCGUGUCGCGCUAUUUAGGUCGUAGCGAAUAUUUAAUUACUGUCGCAUCAAACCGGUUAUUGACAUUCCUCGCUUUUAAAGCAUUGUGGAUAAGUUAUUAAUUGUAUACAGGUGACCUUGGAUGUAUAGAAGUAGCCUAAUAUUAGCCACCUAGCAUUAAUGCUAGCUUGCUUCGUCAGUUAACUUUUAUUAUUCUAAUUUUCACUUCUGUGGAAGAUGGGGGAUGAAGCCUACUCGGACAUUAGUGGCAAAACAAUAUCUCUGGAGUGUCAAAAUCACUCUAGCUUUUGCAGGGAGUUCACUGUCAGCUCCCCUAAAAUGUCCAUCGGUAAGGUGAUGGUGUACACCUGCUGUGUGUGGCUGGCUGCAUAUACUGUGUUCUUCUUCACUCAAAACACCGCCGUGCUGUCCAGUGCCAUCCUGGUCACCCUGGUUGGAAUGAUGCUCCACAUCCACUUUGUGAAGGUGGAUCAUGAGUCGGUGCUCAUCAUCGGCACUGUGGGCAUCCAGGUGUCCUCCAGCUACGCCUCUGGGCGAGAAACGAGCACUUUCAUCGAAAUGAGCCAAGUCAAGGACAUCGCCAUCAACGAAGCUAUUUACUUGCAUCAAAUCAUCUAUUACCUCUGCAUACUUCUGAAGGACCCUUCAGCUCCUGAUGGAGUGUCACGUAUCGUUCCCUUGUUUCAGAGCUCAAAGCCAAGGCUGAAGUGUUUGACUAAAGUUUACAAAAGCUGUCAGGAGAUUCUCUAAGUGCUGACAACAGUCAAGGCCAGGUCAUGAUUUUAUACAUUUGCUUAUUUUAUAGAGGAUUUUCUCUUGUUUUUUCCCCUUUUCCAAAGUGCAUGAAUACAUUCACACAAUAAUAAAGGGUCUGUUUGCAA